CUGCCAAGACCUCUGCCGAAGAAAUCAAUCCUUCGGAGCAACAACACCACCGCAAACUUUCUACGGUGGGCCACAGCUGACGUGUUGUUGUCUGGUUGCUUGAUCGGAGCAACUAGAACAGAUAUAGUGCGCAAGAAAGGUGUCUUGAGACACAAGUAGGUAUUCGCUCCUUAUUUUGGGUAGAUCUCUGGGCACAUUCCAGAGUCAGCGGGGAAUUUUUCUCGACCAUGACGGUCACGGGGAUAGAUGGACUGCUCUCGGGUAGCAAGGUUGCGGAUCUGGCCUCUGCUCUUCGAUUUUCUACCGAGGAGAAUCAGAAACUUGCAUUUGAUCAUCAUUUCAGAACAUUAGACGCAGCGCCCUCAGAUCAGGUUGAUCUUGAUGCACUGAGAUUGUGUGUUCGACUGUUGCCAUCUAGAACUCACGAGAUUGCAUCCUACGAGCGCAUCGAGCAGUUCUAUCUAUCCCGAAUUAUCCAUAUAAAAGAUGAUACUGAGUGCCUCUACUUACUCGCUGAAAUCUGUCUUAGCAACCACCAACUUGGUCAUGAGGUUCUCCGCAGUGUAACCAAGUCAAUACUGGAGAAAGUGGCAAAAGCACGUCAGAAUGAUACCAAUGGUUCAGACUACUCAGAUGAUGCCGAAUUGCAAACUGUUGUAGCCUAUCUUGGCUUCCUGAAAGCUUCAUUCUGGCUUCCGCCCACCCAGCUGCAUUACAUAACUUCCGAUCUGCUGGAGUCUCUGCUCGCGUGCAUAGGCGUUGACGGUUUAGACGGAUAUGCCCACGAUGCCCUUUCAGCGCUAUUUCAUCUUCUCAAACUGCCAGGCGCUCGUACAAUAAAUCCUUAUGCGCUUGCAUUCGGCUCAAGCUACGCAGAUCACAUCAGAAUCCACUCCGACGUGGACCCGAAGAUCUUUGAUGACUCGCUGUUCAUACGCUACGAGGAACUUCCCGCUGAAUAUUUUUCCAAGAACAGUGGGAAAGCCUUCCGAUCAUGGUUCCAAUGGAUCGAUCACGCUACUGCUAACAAUAUCAAGUUGAACACAAUCAAAUCACCAUUCUAUUGGUCGACCCUCCGGAAAGGUCUUCUGGAUGGAUUUGCUGACCAGCGGAGGUAUUGUCUGGGCAUCAUUCACCAGUCCGUUAUGCUGUCUGAUACGGAUAUCAAUACGCCAUAUAUGAAUUUCAAGGCUGAAAACAAAUCGGCCACAGCAUCCCAAUAUGAAAGAUACUCCACACUCUUCGAAACCGUUGUACUGGAUCGCUAUGUAAAUCAAUCCCAAGCACGUCUACCUGAGAUGUCCGUUUUGUUCGGUCCCCAGUCGCUGAUCUCUCCGAGUUGGACUACGGCUCUGCUCUCAGCGGCUUUGAGCUCCAAAGUACAAGAUGGAAUAAGAAAACUCGUUGGUAACUGGUACAUUAACUACAUAAUCAAUGAAACUGAUUCCGCCGUGGCCCAUGUGGACUUUUUCGUGGAAGGUUUCCUCCCUUGGGCGACUCAAGGGAGUUUAUUCACGUCAACCCUGACCUCGUCUCGCAUCACUACCCAAUGUGCUCACGGGGUGAACCUUGCCAACGCCUUGACAAAACUGGUCCUGGCAAUACCCCAGGAGUCAAGUUUAUUAACAGAUAUAUUUUCAUAUAUUCUGGAAACUGGAGGCAAAAUAUUCGCCCCGGCAGUAUUGUACCUAGUUGAGGGCAUCCUCGGUGGUCUUAAAACUCGAACCUUCGUGCUGAGUGCGACAGAUGCGAACCUGAUCCUUCGCGUUUCGCGCUUACCAUCGCUUCCCGAAAUUGCCGCAGAUCUUCUCACGGUAUAUUGUAAGCAACUUGGAGAUUAUGUACCCCCUGACCUGAUACAAGGUCCAAACGUGUCCAGUUAUGAUCCUCUAGAAGCAAGAAUAGCUGAACUGGAAAGACACCCACUGACACAACGCGACGGUGCCCAUAAAACAUUGAAUCAUUUCCAAACCGAGGAACACCAAUCCUUACGAGCAUUCAAAGAUGACUUGGUGGCUACUAAACACAAAGCGAUUCAGUACGAAGCUUUUGGGCCAGCUUGCAAGAAAAUCAUCUCCAUUCUGGACCAUGUCGAUAAAAAUUCAACAGAAGUCGACGAUCUACUGGAAGUACUGGAUGCCUUCUGGGAAGAAGCGGACAGACUGGAAUAUCAUCGAUCAACAGUUAUUCAUAUCCCAGACGUCUUCUUCCAUCCAACCUGCAUCCAUUUUUGUGUCCAAACAAAGCUAGAUUCCAGCUAUACCAGCCCGCUGAUAACCUUGCUGAGCAAAGUACUAUGGAAGAUGCAGCGACUCACUGAAGGUAGAGCCUACAUCCUCCCCAUGCUUGGCACUGCACUCCGCAAAGCAUGUUUCUUGGAUCCCAGCAUUAUGGCCAUUCUUCCUUUGGAUGAUUUCCUUGUUCAGUUCAUCAAUAACCCUCCAUCGCCGAAGAGAGAGUUUCUAUUCGAGGCUGUAUUCGGACAUAAGCUCCAGCAGUACAUAUCACAUCGGGAUUAUGAAUUCUAUUACGGCCCCCGAGAGUGGCAUGGAUACGCAGCGAUCAUUGAUUUGAUCAGUCGCUUUCCGGAAAGUCAAGCUAGUGUCGCGGAUAGGGUUCUGGAUCGCAUUCUUGAACCCUGGAGAACUCAGAAGCCACCUGUACCUAUCGUUAGCAAAUGGAAGAAUGUCUUUCAGCUGCAGGUUAUGAUGCUAUUGGUAGAGUCUUGUGUCAAUGGUUCCAAUUUUGACCACUAUCUAGACGGUUUCAUGAAUGCUUUGGUGGUUGAACACUGGCCUCGUCAUCGGUUCUUGCUCGAAUGGACAAUCACCCGCAUCUAUUACCGAGAUUCUACCAAAACUCAAAGUAUAUUGCACAAUCUUGCGAACCUGGAUGAAAACAGUCCUAUGCAUAUAGCGAGCUUGAUGAAACUAGCCAUGCUUGUUGCGCCAUUCGUCGACUCGGAGGAGUUCACGCUUCAAUGCGUUAUCCAACUUAUACCCUUUUCCGCAAGUCCAAAAGUGCAGAUCCGCCAUGAAGCGCACUGGCUGUUCCCAAUCGCGUUCGGUUUGGCCAAGGAGAGAGGCUGGUCGACCAUCACCGAUAAUCCCGGGUUUCUAGCACUGGACAAAUACAUCCGCAGCCUCGACAAAUUCAACACAAUGCCCUCAACCAUUCGCACGCUAAAGUUCGACGCGGUGCAAGACUUCUCCCUUACCAAUAUAUUCCAAGGCCACUACUUGAGCAUCGAGACCCCGGAAUUAGAACGCGUUGCGCAAGAAGACUUCCAAACACUUUACAAAAACGACCAAACCAACCUUUCAACCCUCCACAUACCAAAUUCCCGCAUCCCGCUAGGCUCCUCACCCAUCCAAAAACUCCCCCCAAUCUCAUCUCCACCCCCAAACACAGACCUCCCUUCAUCAACCCCUAAUAAUCCCCAAGACCCACCCCCAACCUUCUUCCAAACCAAAGCCAACUUCGACCUCUCCUCACUCCUCCCUCCCCCCGGCCCCCCAAGCUCGCAAAACACCCGCCCCGCCAGCGUAAUCCUCAUCGCGUCGCUAAUCGACAACCCGACCAAUCUCGGCGGCCUAUCCCGCAUCUCUGAAUCCUUCGGCCUCGAAGCCCUCUACAUCGACGACGUCCGCAAAACCGCCCACAAAGACUUCAAAGCCACCAGCGUAACCUCGGAGAAACACUUUCCGAUCCACGAGCUGAAAAUCAGCGCCGUGCCUGCUUUUCUAACGCAGUUAAAGACGAAAGGGUAUGAGGUCGUGGGGAUCGAGCAGACGGAUCGGAGUGGGAUGUUGGGGGAUGAACCGAAGCGUUUGGAAGGGGACGAUAACGGGAAAGGGGAGGUGCUGGGGACGUUGCCGAGGAAAUGCGUGUUGGUGUUGGGGAGUGAGCGUGGGGGGAUUAGUAAGGAGGUUCUUGCUGCUGUGGAUCGCUGUGUUGAGAUUAGGACUGUGGGGGUUACGCGGAGUUUGAAUGUACAGACUGCGGGGGGGAUUGCGGUGUUUGAGUGGUGGAGGGAGUGGGGUGGGAAGUAG